CGCGCUACGCAGCUGGGCCACAGGGAGGCUGGGAGCUGCAGUGUGAUUCGGACAGGAGCCGAAUACGGGAUUCGGGAGCAGCCGGUUCAAAGGAAAGCGUCGAGAUUUACACACAAAAAUAAUUAAGGCUUCACUCGCUAUGGAAGCACUAGUUGAACGACUGGAACAGGCUGUGAUUCGGCUCGAGACGUUUUCAGCCAAGCUUCAGGGUUGCUCUGGGAGCCUGUCCAACGGCGAGAUAAACACAUUUAAUGGUGAAUCCCAGUGCAUGGAGGCGUUUGACCAUUUACUGAGAGGCCCCCUGUCUGAAUACUUGAAGAACAGCCGGACUAUUGGAGGAGAUGUGUCAAAACACGCUGAUAUGGUACACAAUGCCCUGCAGGAACAGAAGGCUUUCCUCAAACUGGCCACCACACACCAGGAGCCUGCACAGACAGAGCUGGCAGACCUCCUCAGGCCCAUCUCCGAGCAAAUCGAGCAGAUCCAGACCUUCAGAGAGAAGAACCGUGGCAGUCGUCUGUUUAACCACCUGUCUGCUGUCAGCGAGAGCAUUCCUGCCCUGGGAUGGGUGGCAGUGAAUCAGAAACCAGGGCCUUAUGUGAAGGAGAUGAACGAUGCUGCAAUGUUCUACACCAACAGAGUCCUGAAAGACUACAAAGACACUGACCCUUGCCAUGUGGAGUGGGUUCGAUCCUACCUGAGUAUCUGGACUGAAAUGCAGGCCUUUAUUAAACAGUACUACACCACUGGACUCGUCUGGAGCAAGACUGGUCCUGUAGCUCCUUCAUCCCUGUUCACAGCUGAACCUGCUACUCCCUGCCCUCCUCCUCCUCCUCCUCCACCUCCGUUCACAGACGAAGAUCCAAAGCUUGACAACGGUGCGGCUCAGCGUUCAGCUCUGUUCACCCAGCUCAACCAGGGAGAGGCCAUUACUAAAGGAUUGAAACAUGUGUGUGAUGAGCAGAAGACCCAUAAGAACCCUGCUCUUCGCUCUCAGAGUGGGGCAAGCCAGGCUUCUCCUUCGAAAGGCAGAACUACUUCUACUCCCACACCAGCUAAGAAAAGAUCUCCUGUCCUGGAGCUGGAGGGGAAGAAAUGGAGGGUGGAGCAUCAGGAACAGGUGCAUGAUCUGGUAAUAGAGGAAACAGAGCUGAAACAGGUGGUCUAUAUCUUCAGCUGCAACAACUCCACACUUCAGAUUAAAGGCAAAGUCAACUCCAUCAUAGUGGACAACUGCAAGAAGCUUGGCCUUGUGUUUGAGAAUGUGGUUGGCAUUUUUGAAAUCAUCAACUCCAGAGACAUCCAGCUCCAGGUGUUGGGAAAAGUGCCCACCAUCUCCAUCAAUAAGACCGAGGGAUGCCAGGUCUACCUGAGUAAGGAGUCUCUCAACUGUGAAAUUAUCAGUGCCAAGAGUUCAGAAAUGAACAUUCUGGUUCCUCAGGAAGAUGAUGAUUAUAGAGAGUUUCCUGUGCCGGAGCAGUUUAAGACCGUUUGGGACGGGUCCAAGCUGGUGACAGAGCCGACUGAGAUGGCUGGCUGAUUGACAGCUUCAUUUUCAUUUCCACAUCUCUGCUGGUUACUAAUACCUGUAUCUCUCAUUGUACUCUUAGCACACAACCUUUUAGACACAGAUUCGUCUUAUACCUGAAUGAUAGUUAGUGACAAUUCUGCAUUAAAAAGGCUAUUUAGUGUAAGAAUAAACUAGUCUAGUCUACAUGCUAGAAAUUUAAACACAAUCAUGAUAAAGGUUCAGAUUUAACCACAAUAAUAAACAAUAGUUGUGGUGGUGUUGGGUUUUUUUUUACCUUUUCCUUUUACCAGUGUCAAGAUUUUGUAAUUAUAAAUUUGAUUAAAUCUAACCUAGUUCAAGACAUCUUCCCAGACUAAAAGUCAAGAUCUAUUCAGAUUAUUCUAGAAAUACAGUCCAUGGUGAUAAUGAAGAAAAACUAUUUGUUCCAAGGCACUUAUGAAUCUCAUGCAUCAGUCCUCUCCAUUGUGUUUUUCUGCUACAUGCAUUUCUAAACCCGUUUUCUGUUUUAAUAAGAAGCUUGAGAUUUUAAAGUGCACCUAUUAUGGUUUUUCAAAUACUCCCUUUCAUGUAGUGUGUUAUAGAGCUGUUUGUGAAUGUGAAAACAUCUGCAAAGUUUCACAAAUCAAAGCGCAUGACAAACGGAGUUAUUGACUCCCAAAAGAAGAAACCAAUUCUGAUUCCAGACGUUACUUCCUGCACAAACCUAUGUAGGUUUGUAACAAAAAGCCCCGCCUCUGAUCUUCAUUGGCUGCUCCAAUCACAACAGACUGGGACGUCUGACCAAUCAGAUCAGAGUAUGCUCUCUGAAAGGAGGAGUUUAGAACGAAUCCUUUAGAACGAAUCCCUUAGAAUGAAUCAUUUAAACGAGUUGUUUGUGACACUGGGAGGAAAAAGUAAUGCUGCAAGUUAAAUUACGAGCACAUUUAAGUGUUUUUCGACCUUGGAUGCAUGUAAAUCUAUAGUAUGAGACAUUUAAAACAAAAUUAGGCACGUUUCAAAACCCUAAUAGGUGUGCUUUAAAUCUCAAGACUUUUUUUCGACUCAGAUUGAGACCAGGAUAAGAAAGAAGACUGAAUGUAAACUGAGAAACUGGCACUUUGUGUGCAAAUGUGUGCCUCAAGGAUGACUUUUUUUUUUUUUAUAUCUGUUUUUUUAAUUUAGUGAUUUUGUUAUGUAUAAUCUACCAUGUAUUUUGUUUAUUUUUAGGCAUCGGCCAGCACAGUGUGUUUCAUACAAUGGUAUGCUGUAUAAUGUAUAAUGUUAACCUGUGCCAUCAUGGUCAUACACUGAAAUAACAUAUAACAACCAUGUAAUAACCAACACUACAUAAUAUAUAUAUAGAAUAUGAGUAAACUCCAGUUGCUCAGCUCA